GAAUGGCAUAACUGGCAUUACAACUCACUCAGUAACUUCUUUUUCUUCUUCUCCUCCUUCUCCUUCUAGACUCGGACUCGCCCGCGUUGACCCGGUCCGGGUUGACGCUCCAACCUUAUCGCCAUCUUCAAUUUCUUCAUCCGAGGAAAAAGCAAAGGGCAUAUUACAAUGAAGGCACUGAUUCUGGUUGGAGGGUUUGGAACACGGUUGAGGCCAUUGACAUUGAGUUUCCCUAAGCCUCUUGUUGAUUUUGCUAAUAAGCCCAUGAUUCUGCAUCAGAUUGAGGCUCUUAAGGCCAUUGGAGUUUCUGAAGUAGUUCUUGCUAUCAAUUACCAGCCAGAGGUUAUGUUGAAUUUUUUGAAGGAUUUUGAAGAAAAGCUUGGCAUCAAGAUCACAUGUUCUCAAGAAACUGAACCACUGGGAACUGCAGGCCCCCUUGCUCUUGCUAGGGAUAAGCUGAUAGAUGAAUCUGGCGAGCCAUUUUUCGUUCUCAACAGUGAUGUUAUCAGUGAGUACCCACUUAAAGAGAUGAUUGAAUUCCACAAAUCCCAUGGAGGAGAGGCUUCUAUAAUGGUGACAAAGGUUGAUGAGCCAUCAAAAUACGGCGUGGUUGUGAUGGAGGAGAAAACGGGGAAGGUUGAGAAAUUUGUGGAGAAGCCAAAGCUCUUUGUUGGUAACAAAAUCAAUGCUGGAAUCUACCUGUUGAACCCCUCUGUCUUGGACCGAAUUGAACUGAGGCCCACAUCUAUUGAGAAAGAGGUGUUUCCAAAGAUUGCAGCAGAGGAAAAGCUAUAUGCAAUGGUUCUGCCUGGGUUCUGGAUGGACAUUGGACAACCAAAGGACUACAUUACCGGUCUGAGACUCUACUUGGACUCAUUGAGAAAGAAGUCUUCUCCUAAGUUGGCUAGUGGCGCACACAUUGUUGGGAAUGUCAUUGUGGAUGAGACCGCCAAAAUUGGCGAGGGAUGCCUCAUUGGACCUGAUGUCGCCAUUGGUCCUGGCUGCAUUGUUGAGUCAGGUGUGCGGCUCUCACGCUGCACGGUAAUGCGAGGAGUCCGGAUCAAGAAGCAUGCUUGUGUAUCCAGCAGUAUUAUUGGGUGGCAUUCCACAGUUGGGCAAUGGGCACGAGUGGAGAAUAUGACUAUCCUUGGAGAAGAUGUCCAUGUUUGCGAUGAAAUUUAUACCAAUGGUGGCGUGAUUUUGCCUCACAAAGAGAUCAAAUCGAGUAUUCUGAAGCCAGAGAUAGUCAUGUGAGGUUAAUGUUCAAACUGGUAGCAAUAUGAUGAGGAGGCAGUAAGUUAUUGAGUCAAAAUUCUGUUGGUUUGUUUCAUCUGUUUUCCUUUCAUGCCUUCAUUCCUUUUGUUUUCUCUUGCCUGCAUAGUGUACAAGUCAGUUCUUUGUUUAGAAUGAAUGAUGCCAUUGCGAUGUUGAAAGGCCACAAUCUUUGUAAAUGGCAUAAGUUUGGUCUUUUGUGUAAAAGUUGUCUCAUUUUAAGUGUAAGUAUAGAAAUAAAUUAUUAAUUAGUUGUUUA